UGUUUAUUCACUGCAGAGAGUGGGGCUUUGCCUUGCUAUCCUCAAACAGACAUGCAGUAAUUUCCAGAUGAAGUCACACAUCAGCGAUUGCUAUACAUUACAAUUCAUACGCCAAAAUGAUCUGUUAUAAAUUGCAAUGUCUGAAAGAGCAUUCUAUUUAAUAUUUACACAAUAAAGAAAUCACAGCAGAAAACCCUCAGAAACAAACAGAAUGCCUUUAGUAAAGAGAAAUAUUGAACCACGCCACCUGUGCAGAGGAGCGUUGCCAGAUGGAGUUACAAGUGAGCUGGAAUGUGUUACCAACAGCACCCUCGCUGCUAUCAUCAAACAACUGGGCAGUCUUAGUCAACAUGCAGAGGAUAUUUUUGGAGAGCUGUUUAAUGAAGCGAACAGCUUUUACAUGCGAAUGAACAAUCUUCAAGAAAGAGUUGACCUCUUAGCUGUCAAAGUCACUCAGCUAGAUUCAACAGUAGAAGAAGUUUCACUUCAAGAUAUUAACAUGCGCAAAGCUUUUAAGAGCUCCACCAUUCAAGACCAGCAAGUGGUAUCCAGGAACUCUAUUCCAAAUCCUGUAAUGGAGAUGUAUCAACGUUGUGACAAACCACCUCCACUAAAUAUUCUGACCCCAUACAGAGACGACAAGAAAGACGGACUGAAAUUUUACACUGAUCCUUCUUAUUUCUUCAACUUGUGGAAGGAAAAAAUGCUACAGGCUACUGAGGAUAAGAGAAAAGAAAAACGGAGACAAAAGGAACAGAAACUUGUAGAAGACCCCACACGGGAAGUGAAGAAAGUGAGAAAAGCAAGAAAUCGUCGUCAGGAGUGGAAUAUGAUGGCAUAUGACAAAGAAUUUCGUCCAGAUAAUCGUUUCUCUCCAUCACCCUAUCAUGCUGUGUCUUCUGAAGGUUCUCUUUCUCCAGAUAACAGAUCUGUAGCAUCAGAUGCAGGGGAGCACUCCUACCCAGGGAGUCCAAACAACCCUUCUCAACAAGUGAGCACAUCUAGCUCAUACUCAACCACUGAGACCAAGGAAUUACAUGGGGCUCCAUUGCAGACUCAGUCACUUGACCGAGCAUACAGGCCACCAACAACUGUGAGCAACCGGCAGAACUCCUUGAACAGAGUCCAGCAGCCACACAUACCCUUACUGUCGGACAGUGCGCCUAACGGGCCAAGGCCUCAAAUAGUGAAAGAUUACAGCUCCCAGCAGAUGCAAGUCCCAGAAUUCUUUAUGCCUCCCGCUCCACCUCCUCCACCUCCACUUAUCCCAUCAGCUCAAACUGCGUUUAACAGCACAACUUCUACUCCUCUGGCCCCCAGCACAGUCACUGCUGUGUCCCGACAGUACACUCCAUCUCCUCCUCCUGUCUUGUCCUCUAUGUAUACAUCUUCCCCACCACAUCCCCCUGCUGGGUGUCCCCCUGUUGCUCCGCCUCCACCCCCUCCAGGUCCACCAGUACAUUCAAUGUCACCUGCUCAUACAGUUUCACCACCAACAUCAUCAGAACCCAGGAAAACACAGGCUCCACUUAUCCCCAUGAGCGAUGCUCGAAGUGAUUUGUUAGCUGCCAUACGGAGAGGUAUUCAGCUACGAAAAGUUCAAGAGCAGAGAGAACAAGAGGCUAAAAAAGAACCAGUAGGAAACGAUGUUGCUACCAUUCUGUCCCGGCGUAUAGCUGUGGAGUACAGUGAAUCAGAUGAUGACUCUGAGCUUGACGAAAAUGAAUGGUCAGACUGAAACUCCUGAGUGUUUUAUUAUAAAAUCACUUCUAAGAAAGCUGACUGUUGUGAUCAAUAAGCUACAGAAAUUCUUUUUUUUUAAUUACAGUAAAAGAAAAAAUAAAACUGUAUGUCUGCACUAUAUUUACUGGUAUUAUGUAAAAGUGUAGGAUGUGAUGUUACUUAAGACAAUAGUAAUGGAUAAAUAACACAAUAUGCAAGGUCAUAAUUUUGUGCACUGCUUUGUAAAUUUAAUAACUCAUCCAGACAUUUUUUUUGCUAUAUGUUUCUGUUUAUAUCUGCAAAAAAUUGGUAGUUUGGUAAUUUGGUUUAUUAUAUUGGACAUUUUAAAAAAUGCAUUUGCUGUUUAAUAGUAUAGUAAGGUCAAAUGUGGUAGCACUUUAAAAUGCAAACAUCUAAAAUGUCCUCGCAUAUCAAGGAUAAAUCAAAUUACCUUUAACUGCCACUAAACAAGAAAUGUAAUUGUAAAACCCACAGACUGGUAUUUAUCCAUGUAUAUGUUGAAAGAUCAUAAUAGCUAGGAGUGGGGAAGAUAACAUUACCCAUUUGGAAAAUUUUGCAGUUUUCUUAUGAAUCUCCUGAUUGCCAAUUUUGAGAUGUUUUUCUUCUAGGAAAUGAAUAAGCAUUUAUCAGUGUGUUGAAAUGAUAUGACUGUUGUGAUAUGUUAAUUUAGCUUUUUGAAAUACUUUAGCUGACUGCACAGCAAAAGCACUUAACAUGGAAUUUAUUGCAAGUUUUAUUCAUCUACAAUAUUCUAAAAGCAGACAAAGUCAUUGAUUUUCUUUUUUCUGCUCGCUGUUUGAAAAUUUCGAUCCCAUUUUUGAAUACCAUGAAAAAACAAUGGUAUUUUAGUUCAGCCUAAAAUAAAUGUGCUUUGUGUCUUAAUGCUAAUGGCAAAGAGUGCAAUGUUCUUUAAUAUAUUUAAUAGUACAUUAGUUAUCUAAUAAAACUAUUUCAGGAUUGCACAAGGAAAAAAAUCACAAAAUAAAGGGUACUAUACUUUUAUAAUAAACCAUGCAUAGUUAUUGACAACAAGUUGAUAUUUUGCUGCAAAAAAAUUAUUUCUCUGAAAUUUUCAGCUAAAGCUAAAACAUAUUCUUUAUGGUAUCCAUCGCUUUUUAUCUGUUAAAAUGUGCUAUUUUUGAUCAACUAUAUGGAAAGAUUCUUUAGUAUUUUAAUAUUGCUACGUUAUCAAAAAAGUUGAUGCCAAGUACUUUUGAGACCUCAAAAUGAUUCAAGAUUAGUAUCUGUAUUUGAACCACGUCAUAGAGUCACAGUCUUAAAAGACAACAAAGAUUAAAACUGUGAAAGGAAUAUUUCUUAAAUAUCACUCAUCUGUUUAUAAGAAAGAGUUUUAAAAAUAGUUUCUUUUUAAUUCACAUACAAAGUUACAUUUUGUCUGCUUCCUUCUCUUUUCUAUGUAAAUUGUAAUUUGAAUACAUUGUUAAUUUAGCAGUGAUUUAUAUUAAACAACAUAAUAAAGAUUAAAUGCAAUAUAUACUUGACAGACAUCAUUAAUUAAAGGAGCAUUACUGGAAAAGGUUCUAUUUAAUGAAAAGAUAAGACUCUUACAACAGAAAAAUAAAAGGGUCAUCUAAACAUGAAUAUUUGAAUAUAGAGUAUAUAGCCUUGUAAGAUCCAGUGGUACAGUUCUCUGUAAAUUACACAACCUUAAUAAAGAUUUAUUAAAUGA